AUGACGGACACAUCCCGGUGGAAGGCCACGGUCUAUGUGGGCGGUCUUGGGCCGCAGGUGACCUUGGCCAAUUUGCACGACGCCUUUAUACCAUUUGGCGACAUUGCUGAUGUUUCGCUCCCUAAAAACGAUAGGCAUGGUAAAAUCGACCGAGUGAAUGGCACGAACGAAGACAGCUCUGUCGCAGACGCAGACGCAGGCACUAGUAGCCACCGUGGGUUCGCAUACGUCGAGUUUGAGGAUGCCGACGAUGCUACAGAGGCCAUUGACAACAUGGACAAGUCAGAAUUUUUCGGUCGGAAUAUCAAGGUCAUGUCUGCCAAGGCACCUAAGACAUCAAGCGAGGGUUUAGGAAGCAGAACGGCUCUCUGGAACCAGGAGGCUUGGAUCGCACAAAGUACUGCCGCUGAGGAUGGACAAUUAGCUACCAAGCUGGGCUCUGGUAAUGACCCCGAGGCAACAGAGGACUCGAUGCAAGGGCUUGAGGGCCUGGAUGUUGCUGGACCGAGACCAGAAUGA